AUGGGGCAUGGGGCUGGCAUGGGCAUGGGCAUGGGCAUGGGGCAUGGGCAUGGGCAUGGGCAUGGGCAUGGGCAUGGGGCAUGGGGCAUGGGCAUGGGCAUGGGCAUGGGCAUGGGCAUGGGCAUGGGGCAUGGGCAUGGGCAUGGGCAUGGGCAUGGGCAUGGGCAUGGGCAUGGGCAUGGGCAUGGGCAUGGGCAUGGGCAUGGGCAUGGGCAUGGGCAUGGGCAUGGGGAUGGGCAUGGGCAUGGGCAUGGGCAUGGGCAUGGGCAUGGGCAUGGGCAUGGGCAUGGGCAUGGGCAUGGGCAUGGGCAUGGGCAUGGGCAUGGGCAUGGGCAUGGGCAUGGGCAUGGGCAUGGGCAUGGGCAUGGGCAUGGGCAUGGGCAUGGGCAUGGGCAUGGGCAUGGGCAUGGGCAUGGGCAUGGGCAUGGGCAUGGGCAUGGUUUACAUGUCGAGUAACCCAUUGGGGUUGCCCUGGAGAUUCUCGGGGAAGGGCUACAAGCCUCUAUGUCUGGGGGGUUAUGGGCGCGCUAUCCCACUACUUAACAAGCCCUUUUAGCACAGUGGUUAGCAACUGUGCUUCUGACAUUACAGACAUGGGAUGGGAUGCGCAUGAGGGCUAGAUACAGACACUCUCGCCUUGAAAUAGCGUACGCCAUUCGAAUUUGCACGGAUACCAGUCCCUUUCUGUGGGCCAUGGUUGUUUGGCGUGUGAGUGAUGAUGGCUCGGCUCGGCUCUUCUUGUCAUCAUGGAAUGGUAGAGUUGAUUGAUUCUGAUUUCAGAAAGCGGUGGCGGUGUUUGUGGGUUAUCAUUAUCAGUGUGUUGGGUGGGAUUGGAGUAUUAAACAUAUUUGUAUAUGUUAUAAUAGGCUAGAUAGGUGCAUGCUCUUAGAGGGUGUCAAACAUGUGUAUUUGUCAUGUUUGUAUAGACUGUAUAG